CUGGAAAUAACGUUCCCUGUAGAGUUCUAGUGGCAGUGACAUUACUCACCUCGGCUCAGGGAUUGCACGGGUGCCUCAAAACACUCCUACAGUAUCCUCGGAGCUGCUUUUGAUAAGCCAUGGCCCAGGACAAGAUAAAACAAAAAGAUGCAGUGAAGCAGGCUCAGGUGGUAGACAUGGAUGAACACCAGAAAACUAAGGAACCCAGGAAAUUAGAAAUGUUCCUGGUAACACUUCCAACUGCAGUGAAGAAGUUUGCAGAUACACCAGAUAUGAAAAAGUCAGAUCGAAAAUACAAAGAUCCCUCGGAGGAGCCAUAUGGUUUGGGCUCUCUCGUUUUCCCUUGUUUACAGCGUUUCAACAAUGUUAAGUCCUUCCUGACUCUGUCGUUUUUAGCGGUCGUGGCUCAUAGUAUGAUAUUUGCUCUUGUUGAUCAGUCUAUAAAACUUUACGUGGCUCAACUAUCUCCAUCACGGAUAGAGGAAUACUUAAUGGAUACUAGUGAUAAUUUUGUUGCUUUUCUGUUCUCAAUGUUUGUAGCACACUUUGGAGGUAGAGGAAAUAGAGCAAAUUGGGUGGCAGCUGGCUGCUUUCUAACAGGAAUUGCUGCAAUUGUUUUUGCUGUUCCUUUCCUUAAUUUUGAAAUUAUAAAACUGAGCGUAGUAAAAGAAGAGUUGUGCGAGGAAGGAAAAUUACCUAAAGUUUGUGAACCAACGGUAUUGCCACACAAAUCAAUUUGUAUCUUUAUCUUCAUCUUCGGGCAGUGUCUCCAUGGAAUAGCAGGCUUGCCAUUGUAUAUACUUGCCACAAGCUUUAUUUUUGACCACGUUCCCACAAACUCAUCUGGAUUAUAUAUAGCUCUUGUAGAUGCUGCACUAGGGGUUGGAUACUGUCUGGGUUUUAUAGGAGGAAUGCUAAAUUUUAAGAUGUCUGCGCAAGAAGUUAUGCAAGCAGUUGGACAUCGUCAGAGGAUUCGAAUACUGCAGCGUGGUUGGUGGAGAACUUUUAUAUUUGUUGCUGUAUUUGCAUUUUGUACAACUUUACCACUGUUGGGUUUUCCCUCUAGUUUACCUGGUGCACGCCAGAUAAGACUUGAGAAAAGUCAGGAACCUCCUACCUUUGACAGGAGACUUAAAAAUAAGGAAAUUAAGAAUAAUUUGAAGAGUGUUCUUCAUGCUACUUGGAUCUAUCAUAGAGGACACCUCACUAUCUUGUCACAAACUUGUUCCACAUCAUUAGGAGGCAUAUGCUGUUCAACUACUGGGAAAGCUAUUGAUGGUGAUCUCCAAAAACUUACUCAGUGUCUAAUAAGGAACCCACUGGUGCUGUCCCAAGUAGUAUGCAAAUUCACAGAGUUUACAACUUUUAAGUCAUCUGCAGUUUUUUUGCCCCAAUAUUUACAAACUCGGUUUUUAAUAAGACCAUCAAGUGCCUCUAUGCUCACAGGUGUUUUUAUAUUACCGGGAAGUAUAUUUGGCCACUUUUUUGGAGGCUUUAUUGUUCACAGAAUGCAAAUGAAUAAUAAGAACAAAUUGAAAUUUUUAGUAGUAGCAUCUUUUGUGUCAAUUGUGCUUUUCCUAUUAACCUUUUUUGUGGAGUGUGAAAUAUCAAAGUUUGCUGGAAUCAAUGAUGAUUAUGAUAGGCUUGGUAUAAUUGGAAACCUCACAGCUCCAUGCAAUGUGCCCUGUGGUUGUACAACUUCUGAAUAUAAUCCUGUAUGUGGAAGAGAUGAGACACAAUAUUUCUCUCCCUGCUUUGCAGGUUGCAAAGCUACUAAAAAGCUAAGGAAGGAAAAGACAUACUACAAUUGUUCUUGCAUCAAAGAAGGAUUGACAACUGCUGAUAAUGAAGGUCAAUAUAUUGAUGCUGUUUCUGGAACAUGUAAUACCAGAUGCCUUACAUUGCCUUUAUUUUUUGCCUUUUACUUUACUGCAACCUUUUUGUCUAGUUUCUGUAGUAUACCUUCCGCCUUGAUUGUCAUUCAAAGUGUACCUACCAGUUGGAAUUCAAUGAGUUUGGGUUUAAUGUCGACAGUUUGGAGAUUCACUGGCUCUGUUCCUGCACCAAUAUUAUUUGCAGCAACAUCAGAUUUUACUUGUCAAUUCUGGGGUAUUAAUGAAUGUGGAGAAAAAGUACGGUGUUGGAUCUAUAAUACAGAAAAUUUGGUCUACACAUUUAAGACAGUAUGGAUUAACAUGCAAAUAUUGUCAGGCUUGAGUUGUCUUUACGGGGUUUACAGACAUGAUUAUGUGGUAAAAGGAGAUGGUAAAAAAGCAGAAGAAAAGUAAGAACAUUAAUUUCAAACUGAUUUCUUCAUUGAAAGCUCCUAUUCUCCCUCCAGGCCAUGACCGUCACUGUAUGCAGGCCAUCAUGGACUUCUGCUCUGUCUCCCACUGCAGCAAGCACAGGACUCCCUCCUGCUCCCUGGACAUUUAGAGGGAACCCCUCCCAAAGAAAACACCCUGAGGAACCACAACUGCUAGCUUGAGACAGCCUCCCUCACUUCUGCAUUGUCAAAAACUAGCACUCUCUCUGAUAAAUGGCUGAACUCUCCAGAUGCAGCAGCUGCCCGUCCUUCGGAAUGUAAGAAAGAAAUAACAAACUCAAAGGGGAUUAAGGUUCCACGUUUGAAUCAUAGAAAGGAGGUGAUCAGGGGUCACAGGCAUAAAGCUGGUCUCCAAUAGUACGGUAAAAAUAAUCCUCAAGGUCAGGAGAAUCCCCCUCUCAACUGCUCAAUUCCGCCUGAACAAAUGAUAUCAUGUCUGAGUUAAGACUUACGUAAACGUGCCUCCACUCCCCUUCACACUAAGCAUACAAAGAAUUCCUAAAUGUGAUGUAUAUAAGCACAAUGCUUUCCGGACUUGGUGUUGCACUCCAUCCUGUGCUAUGAGAAGGCUUGCUACCCUUGUCUGACUCAUUUCAAUAAAAGACCUUCA